GAUGGCGGCCCGUCUGUCAACAUCAUAAAUGUUCCGAAAACUAAGGGAAAUUAUGACGUCUCUACCGACUUGGGGAUGUGUUACGCUGAUUAUGUACCGGUGAACGAGUUUUGGCGAGUGUACCAAAAGCUGUGUUUGUUGCACACAGUACGGUAGUUUCCCGGUGAAAACGGGUGGGUUGACUGUAUGGCCACAUUAACGUGAAGAAUGUCAACGAGCUAACAGCUGCUAGCAUCAUGGACGACCAUUCCACUUGACCUCUGACCUCACACGGAGAAGACUCCAAGGAGUGCUGAGGAGGCGCCAGGGCAACAUGAAGUUGGCUCUCCAGAUGGACAUGAUGACACGACUGGGUUACGCUCACCUGUAUAGCGCUCGUCAGUACCAAACCAGGAGCGGUAGAGCAGCAGCAGCUCCAGCCAGAAGACGUGAUAGACCACGAAGAGGACAAGCAUGAGGACCAGUGUCAGGGCGAGACCACAGCCCAAUUCCACCGUGGGCAAAGACGCUGAUGCAACACAUGAAAAAUUUGUCUGCUUACAGGCUUUUACUAUGAAAGCUUGGAGGAAGUUUGCGUGCAGACAGCAGAGUCUGCGUCUCACCUUCCUCUUCUAGCUGAGCUCUGCGGGUCUCGAAGCCUCGCUUGUUGCUCACAGAGCAGUUGAACGUCUUGGUCAGGUCGUCGGAGUGGAAGUCCUGGAUCAGCAAUACGCUCUCCUCGAUGCGGUUCCCAAAGUCGUAAUUCACCCGGCUGCAAACAAAACAAAAGACCUGGAGGAAACUCCACAGGAGGAAAACAAGACAAGCAAAACAUAAUAGACCAGGACUAAACCGCAUGGAAGUCUUUCCCAUUACAAAGCCAAAUUUGUCCUACUGGUUGGUUCUGGAGAAUCUUGGGUCGGCCAGCUCCUCCAACGUCUUUCCAUUGACAGUCCACCAGAUGUCCCAGGCUGAGUUCAGAUGGUGCGGAGUGUGACAUCACAGCAGCCAGACAGCAUACUGAGGCAUCUGUCAGAGCACUUCCUUCACCUCGUUUGACAGUGAAGACCUGGUCUUCUGUCGGCUGGAGGAUGCUGGGCUUGUCAUGUUGUGAAGAUCAGGCGCAUGUGCAGACAGGUGCUGUCAGGUGCGAUGGAUCAAAACCAGCAGGUGUGUCAAACGGAGGUGUCGCCCUGGUUGCCGCAGCACGGCCUCAUGUCCAAAAGCACCUGAGCCUGACCUCCUCCAGUCCUCUUGAAGACAAAGCUAAAGCUCUCCAGCGCUCAGCUGGACAACCUCCAGAAGGUAAGAGUGUGAGACUCUUUGGGUCUAGAGGUGUAGGUGACAACAAGAGAAGUCUUCAGGAGGGAGAGGAGGUCAAGUUCUCAGCUCAGGAACACCCAAACUCCAGCAGAGAGAGCAUACAAUCUCAUCUGGAGGACAAGAAGAACGUGGACACCAAGCCUGUAGCUGCAAAGAAGACUUUUCUGAGUCUGCGUGAGGCCCAGGCCGUCCUGCUAAAGAAAACCGUGGGAGGAAGAAGAGACAAGAUGGCCGCCGUUCUGAGGAAGCACAUUGAGAAGGAGAAGAGGAAACUCAGAGCUUCGAUGUCAUCGUUGAAGACGUUAAACGCUGGGGAGGGAAACCUCACUGUACACGCUGCUGCAGUUCUGUGCCCUCUUCUGUGUAAGAACGGUGGCGUCUGCCUGCUGAAGGAUCGCUGCCUCUGCCCGUCAAACUUCACUGGAAAGUUCUGCCAGAUCCCCGUCACCCAUGCUUCCUCCUCCUCCACCAAUGAGGUUGUCAAGCCCGCCAGCCUGUCAGUCAUGUCACCCAAUCAGGACUUGACCCAGUCUGAGUUUCUCCUGCCUCUGGGAGCUCAGAACCAGGAGUUAGGGAGACCUGGAUCAGCUCCUAGUCCCUCCAUGGUGAAGGUCAGAGUGCAGCACCCCCCUGAGGCCAGCGUGAAGGUGCACCAAGUGAUGAAGGUGUCUGGAUUCAUCCCUGCUCCUCAAACGCUUUCAUCAAGCACGGUCUCGGGAUCAGCGGGGGCUCCUGCACCAGCAGGGUUGGAGGUCCAGACCCAAACAGUGAGAGGUGAUGUCUACACCCAACACACAGGCUUCAAGUACUGCUUCAGAGAGGUGAAAGACGGACAGUGUAGUUCUCCUUUGCCGGGCCUGAGGAGCAAGGAGAUGUGCUGCCGAAGUCUCGGGAAGGCCUGGGGCACCAGUGACUGCGUCCUCUGCCCUCAACACGCAGGUCCAAACAACAGCAGCUGUCCUGUUGGCUUCCAGCGAGGCAACGGAACCAACUGUGUGGACGUGAACGAGUGCCUCCAGCCAGGACUUUGUGAGAACGGCAUGUGUGUGAACACCGCCGGGAGCUAUAGCUGCGUGUGCAAGCUGGGCUUCAUCCUGGAUGCCUCACAUGGACUCUGCAUCUCCCAGAGUGUGAUAUCAGAAGAGAAGGGUCAGUGUUACCGGGUCCUGGGUUCUGGUCUGGGCCCGUCCUCCUGCUCCCUGCCCAUCCUCAGGAACAUCACUAAACAGAUCUGCUGCUGCAGCCGAGUGGGGAAAGCCUGGGGUCCGGACUGCCAGCGAUGCCCCUAUUUUGGGUCAGCGGCCUUUAAGGAGAUAUGUCCUGCUGGUCCUGGUUACCACUACUCCCCCUCCGCCCUGCAGUUCAGUCAGAGAGCGGCAGAGGAGCUGGGCACCCGAGGGGCUCAGCUGGUAACCAAUGGCAACACGGAUCGCCAGGGUUCUUCCUCUGGGGGGGCCACUAGGUCUCAGGAGAAACCCCCAGCAAGAGGGACAGUAGGCUCAUCCAGCCGACCCAGUUUGCCUCCUCCUCGCGUGGCUGUCAGUCCCCCUCCCUCAAGACCUGUGAAUGCUGGGAGCACCACGCGACAAAAACCUCAAACUCCAGGCAGUUCCCCGGUUCAGCCAAACCGGCCACGACCAACCACAUCAUCUAAGAAACCACCACCACCAUCCAAUGGGAGUCAAGGUACCGGCCGCAACCAAGGAACCAGCGGUCGUCAGGGUACAAGUCAGAACCAAAGCACUAGCAGGAACCAAGGCACAAGUGUGAGUCAAGGUUCUUCACAGAACCAAGGAACAAGCAGCAGUCGCAACACCAGCCAGGCUCAAGGUACCAGCAGGAACCAAAGUCCCAGUGGAAGUCAAGUCACAAGCAGGAACCAAGGAACCAGCAGGAUCCACGGUAACAGCGGGAGUCAAAGUUCUACCCAGAACCAAGGAACAAGUGGCAGUCGCAACACCAGUCCGACUCAAAGUCCCAGUGGAGGUCAAGGCACAAGCAGGAACCAAGGCACCAGCCAGACACAAGGAACCAGCAGGACCCAAGGUACAAGUGGAAGUCAAGUCACAAGUAGGACCCAAAGCACCAGUGGGAACCAAGGUUCAGCCCACAACCAAGGAACAACCAGCAGUCGCAGCACCAACCAGAGCCAAGGUACCAGCAGGACCCAAAGUCCCAGUGGAGGUCAAGGCACAAGCAGGAACCAAGGAACCAGCAGAAUCCAAGCAGAUUUACCAACAGGAAGAGGAGAUUCUCUCCCAGUCCCGCCUCAGCGGAUCCCUGAGAGAGACUCGAGGCCCGGCGGAGAGCUCCCGCCUCCGAAGAAGCCUACGAUGCGUCCUCCCCGCGUCCAGCCAUUGAGGAACGUGUGUGAGAGCAAACCAGGUGUGUGCGGCGCUGGUCGCUGUGUGUCGCAGGCAGGUGGAAAACACACCUGCGUUUGUGAUCAGGGAUACCAGGCCAACUCCGAGCGCACACACUGUCAAGAUGUGGACGAGUGCCAGCAGAGUCCCUGCGGCAGCGACGCUCGCUGCCACAACACAGCCGGCAGCUUCAGGUGUACCUGUCGCCAUGGUUACAAGCUCAGCGGCAGCACCUGCACAGACGUGGACGAGUGCGAGGAUCCUCUGCUGUGCCCGGGUCAGGAAUGUGUCAAUAAUCAGGGUUCCUACCGCUGUGUGUCCUGUCAGCCUGGGUACGGACUUCUCAAUGGACUUUGCACAGACAUUGAUGAGUGUCGUCAGUCUCCCUGCUCCAACGGUCGCUGUGAAAACACACCUGGGAGCUUCCGUUGCGUCUGUCGCCAUGGUUACAAGCUGAAAAACAACACCUGUACAGAUGUGGACGAGUGUGCAGAACCGUCUCAGUGUCCUGGUCAGAUGUGUGUCAACUCUGUGGGAUCGUAUCGCUGUGUGUCCUGUCGAGCGGGAUACACGCUGACAAACAGGCAGUGCGCAGAUGUGAACGAGUGCGAGGACGGGGCGUUGUGUCCAGGUGGGCAGUGUAUCAACACCGAGGGGUCCUACAAGUGUGUGGACUGUCGCCAAGGCUACCGUGCUGUGAACGGACUGUGUGAAGACAUUGACGAGUGUGUGAGUGCCUCGGCUUGUGUGGCGGAGCGGGUGUGUGUCAACACGAUUGGCUCGUUCCGAUGCGACUGUCUUCCAGGGUAUCGAGCCUUCGGCCGGGGGCGACAGUGCAGAGACAUCAAUGAAUGCUUGGAGGAGAACUGGUGCCCCCCCAUGGGAGAGUGUGUCAACACAGCAGGCUCGUACGCGUGUGUGUGUCCUCAAGGAUUCACUUUGAGUAGCAGCAGCAACAACAAGACUGCCUGUGUUGACGUGAACGAGUGCACGAGAUCAAGGGUGUGCACGGACGGCGACUGCGUCAACACUGACGGCUCCUUCCUGUGUCGAUGUCACCCUGGAUUCACAAACAACCCUGAGAGGACCACCUGCCUCGAUGUGGACGAGUGCGUCUCGUCGGGAGGCACAGUUUGUGGAGCGCUCAGGUGUGAGAACACCAUCGGUUCUUACCACUGCCUCACUUCCUGUGAGCCGGGCUUCCAGGUGUCUGCUGCUGGCCAGUGUGAGGACAUGGACGAGUGUGUGAACAUGACAGUGUGCGGCAAUCACGCCAUGUGUCAGAAUGUGGUCGGAACAUACAUGUGCAUAUGUGACCAAGGUUUCACCUCCACCACCGAUGGAAAGUUCUGUGUGGACGAGGACGAGUGUGUGUCCAUGCCAGGUGUGUGUGGUUCUGCUCGAUGUGACAACAUGGAGGGAUCCUUCAUGUGUGAAUGUGACACACCUGGAGAGGAGUUUGACACCUUGAGUAGACAGUGUGUUAGCACCCUGCCACCACCACCACAGCAAGCAGGAACUUUCCCCAUCCACUCCUCGUCUUCAUCCACCGACUCCUUCCAUGCCAGUGUAUUUGACUUGGCUCCGGUGCUUCCCCCUCUUCCUGCUGCUGGCCCCGGCGAGCUGAGAGAGUGUUACUACAACCUGGCCGAGGGGGACUCCUGCAGCCUUCUAGCCACCAACACCAGCCAGCAGGAGUGCUGCUGCACACUGGGAGAGGGGUGGGGCCUGGGCUGCCAAUACCACGCCUGUCCCCCCGCUGGCACAGCUGACUUCCUGUCGCUGUGUCCCAGCGGGAGAGGAUAUGUGACCACUGGAGCUGGAGCCUUCAGCUACACAGAUGUGGACGAGUGCAAACGCUUCCAUCCAGAGGUGUGCAAGAACGGCGUGUGUGUCAACAACAUUCCUGGAUACAACUGCUACUGCUCCAGUGGAUUUGUGUACAGCAGCACACUGCUGGAGUGCAUUGACCUGGACGAGUGUGAGCAGGAGACAUGUGAAGGAGGCCACUGCGUCAACACAAUUGGUUCAUAUUACUGCAGCUGUCCGCCUCCUCUGGUGCUCGACGACACUCAGCGCAACUGCGUCAACUCGUCUCACCUCACCCUGGAUGAGAACCUGUCUGUGUGCUGGCAGACCGUCAGCGCUGAUUUCAUGUGCCAGAGUCCCCUCUUGGGGGCGCAAGUCACCUUCACGGACUGCUGCUGUCUGUAUGGCGAGGGUUGGGGCAUGGAGUGCGCCCUCUGCCCCUCCACUGACUCUGAUGACUUUGCCAGCCUGUGCAGUUCCUUUCCUCCUCCCGUCUUUCCGGAACCUUUCCCAGACUCGACUGGAUCAGACCCGUCUGGACGAGGAAGAGGAGGCGCUCCUCUGUUCUUCCCUCCCUUCAGUCGUGACACUUUCCCCCCCAGCACAGACUUUGGUGGUCCCGACUAUGAUGAUUACUCACCAGGAGGGGGCAGCAGGUCUGGCUUCAGAGACAGGACACCAGCCACCUUCAGCCUGCCUGAUGAAACCUACCAAGGAGAACCCUUUGAUGGUUACUACUCGGAAAGAGACUACGGUGUCUCAGACGGCUCACCGCUCAGACCGCCGUUCCCCCGCCUCCCCUCAGACCCUCGAACGGAGCGGGCUUUCGGUGUUCGGCCGCCGCCUCCAGCCCAGCCUGACGCUCCUCCUCUCAGCCUGGCUCCUCUACCAGGAGCCUACGAUUUGGAUCUGGAGGAGGAAGAGGAGCACUCUUGGGGGCCCGGACCGCCGUUCCCCCCCUUUGGUGACAGGAGCAGAGGGGGCGGGGCCCCGAGAAGGGUGUAUGAGCGCCGUUACGACUCCUACGCCGGACUGAGUGCAGCAGAGGAUUGCGGGAUUCUGCACGACUGCCAGAACGGCACCUGCAUCCGCGUGGACGAGGGUUACACCUGCGACUGUUACCAUGGUUACCAGCUGGACAUGACCACCAUGACGUGCAUAGAUGUUAACGAAUGUGAGGACGCCGUAGACGUGGACUUCCCGUGUGUCAACUCACGCUGCGUCAACACGGACGGUUCUUUCCGCUGCGUGUGUCGGAGAGGCUACAUCAUGUCCCACAGGCCCAAUCACUGUGUGGCUGCAUAGACCGGGCCAGACCAGGCGGGACUGGUCCAAAGCGGUCUGGAGAACCUCAUAAGACUUUUUUAAAAAUUUUUAUUUACUAACUAAACCUGAGCAAGCCUGAACAUGGACCAUCAAGCUAACACGGCCAGCCUGAAGACUGCAUUUAGCUUCUCUUUUAGCUCAGUCAAGACGUCAACAAAAGCAGCAACGAGCCAAGGUCCGUUAUGUAAGUCAAUUGAACAAUUCAUGUCAGCCAACAAGCUGAAAUUCAUCUUAAGCAGAGCCGGCCCCACCCAUAAUGUUCGAUGAGACACACAAGCACCAAACUCCAUUGCCAAGGCUUUUUUUUUGCAGGUUUGAAUAUAUCUCACAACAGGCACAAUAAUCCAUAACUCGGACUACUGUUCCGGCUGUAACCCACGCCAAGCUAAAACUUGACUGACAUCACUUCCUGUGUUGCCUAAUGGGCCAGCCGGCUCUGAUUAAAACCUUCCUAAAUGCUUAAGAUGAUAAAACAACAAGCAUUUUCAAACAUGAUCACAACUGAAAUAUUAUCAAAUGCUACCUUGUUACCUUCUGGCCAUGAAUGACAUCAUUUCCUUUUUAUUUGAAGAAAGGUUCAAGCUGAUGCAGUUUGAAUCUUUUGUAGUCUUUUGUUUUAGCUUGCAUCUGCUCUGUAUGAAUUAGUGUUAAUAACUAACAGCUUCUACGCCAAAUGUAAAUAGCGAAGGAUAUUUGACAUCCUAUUGUAUGAAUGUGUUUUGAUGACCUUUAGAAGGUGAGAAACCUCCUGACCUUGUUAGAAGAUGCACUGUAAGAAGUGCCAGAGACUCACACUUGCUUUUAUAUUUAUACCUGCAAAGUCAUCCUACUCCUUUUAGUCUCUGGUACUCCUUUUUUUAUUUUUAUUCUUAUUGGAAGUGGAAUUAUAUUUGCACACCCUUUUAAUCCAAA